UAAUAUGAGCGGAUGUUUUUAAUUGUUUAAGGAUGUGCAAAUUAAGUUUUGAAAUAUAUGUAACACACUUAUAAUUUAAUUUAGUAUCUAAUAUGGCUACCUUCAAUAAGUAUUUGUGCUUGCUUAUAGUUAUAUUUAAGAUUACAGGGUCUUUAGGUUCCUAUUACAUAUCGCAAAGCUCUGUAGCUCCAGACGAAAACAGGCAAUGCCAGAUGGCAGUUCCUAAAAUUAUUUCGGGGUUGAAGAAUGGACGAGCCCGCCUUGACAUAAAGGAGGACAUUGGCCUGAUGGAUAUGGAUGAAACUCUGUGGAUAGGAUACUUCAAGUCUGAAAUGACAUUCGAAUAUAUUGGCUGUGUGAAAGAAAGUAAUAUAUCUGGAUACCAAAAUCUAUCAACAGAAAGUAUAAAUGGCAGUCUUAGCAAGUGUUACAAAAACUGUCAAGAUUCAGAGGUUAUUGGUGUAACCAUGGAAAAGUGUUACUGCUUUGAUAGUUCACCACACUCCCGGAACAAAUCCCUACUCAGUUCCAGCUGUAAUGCCGUUUGCAAGAAUCCUGACAGCGCUUUUUGCGGAGGACCUUAUGUGUCUUUGUGUAGGACCAACACAAACGGUGAUAAUGUUAAAAGUGAAAAUGGCCAACGUUUAGGUCGUGGGAGAAAACAACGGUUAGAUGCCGCACAGUCAUGCUUUACAAAAAAAAGCUAUCCAAUCUCAUAUUCAAACGCAUCAAAAAUACGACACGGCGGUCCUCCAGCAUAUACAGAUGAUUUAAGACUGGACAUCAUUUACACGCAAGAUGAAGAUACGACAGAUGAUGUCUGCUACGGGUUUCUUAGGAAACAACAGAAUGGCAAAUAUUUUCUUCGCUUUACCGAUGACAAUUCCAAGAAGAGAGUAUUAUGUGAAAAUGAUACGACAGACACAACUAAAUCGAGAGAUGACCAACAAAUCCAGACUACGCAGCCAUCACCGGAUACAAAUACAGGCACUGCUGCCAUCGUUUCUAUCAUUGUGGUGCUGGUCAUAAUAGCUAUCGUGAUAGCUGUUGUACUCGUACAUAGAAGGUGCAAGUCUUCACUACGACUAGACAAUAGGCCAAAAACAGAAACAGUGGCCGAAUAUGAAUACAACUAUCCGGAAUUCACAAACAAAAGCACAAAUGCAGAAGCGAACACACCGGGCGAUGUUCUUUACAACUAUCCCGACUUUACGUUACAAGAUAAAAGCAACACAGGAGAAAUUAGAAUCGGAUUAAACACAUAUGAUGACAGUAAUAUAGAUGGUACCUAUAACAAAACAAACACUGGAAAGAAGGGUUACUCUAGUACAUAUGCAAAUGAAGACUGUGAAUGUAAUGAUGAACAAGCAGAGCGUGUUUAUAACCAGCUUGAAAAUGAUGACUACAACGUCCUUGGCACACGACAGAAAAUGGUACCAGAUAAAACUUACGACCAAGCUAUCCAAGUACAAAAAAGUGGAACCAGCGCAUCAGACGAUAUCACGUAUGACUCAAGUAUGUCAUCUGGUGUAAAGCUAAAGAAAAAUGUCGGUGGGGUUACAGAUAAUGUUUAUAAUACAGGAAAUGAGAUCUACAACAGAAUUGGCGAAGAAACAGAAAAAAGGGGUGGUAAAAGUGAUAACUUAUAUGGAACUAAGCAAAUGGAAAAAUGUAAAUAUAUGAAACCGGCUUCUGAUACUGAUUCUCAAACUUACAAUAGCACGUCUGAAAUCAGUGAAACAUGUGGUUUAACUGACAACCCAUAUUCAAAACUUGAUACUGAACAUAAAGAUAAAUGAUAAGUGAAAAGCAAACUUUGUUGAGCCAUAUUUUUCACAAAACGUAUUCUUCAGUUCACUGGUCCAAUGAUGGAUAAGUAAUACUGAGUCUCAUUUGAGACACGUUUACCCAAAGUAUAUAUUUUGGUCAAAAAUGUCAGGAUAAUUUAUCAGUUUUAAAAGUUUAAUGUCGACCUAUGUAUUCCUAUUUUUUACAUAAUUGUGACAACAAGUUUCAACUUCACAAUUGUUUGAAUGACGACUUAGUAUUAUUAUCACACAAUUUUGAUAUAAUUACGACUAGAUAAUUCAAGUACAAAUGUAUAGCGGUUUGUCUGGUGAAAUUGAUUGGUUUUGGCGGUCUGGUAUCUUAUUUUCAGUGAUGUUUGUUUGGAUCAUCGACGUGUAAAUUUUGCCAAUAUCUGUACAGUGUAUAUAGGCUUAUUUAUCAAUUAUUUAUCUAUUUUUAACAAUACACAAAAUUUGAAUGUUUUGGCAUUAGCAUAAUACCAUUCAGUUACUUCAUUUCAGCAGUAUGAAAAUUAUUCAAAUAAUUAAUUCAUGUCUGCAAUACAUCAAUACAUCAUAAAUACCUAUACAAAAUGUCAGAAGAUUUUCAGUGCAUUUAUAUCAUUUCAAAUCAAAAGUCAUAAGUACUGUAAAUUAUGCUCCAAUUAUCAUCAUCUGGGUGUAUGAUUUGAAAAUCAUUGUUAUGUUUAGUGAUUCCCGUAUAUCUGAAAUGCUGUACAAACUUUGCCCCUCACCCCACUCCUCUCCCCCGCCCCCUCUCCUCUUGAUAUUUCUAAUUUUCAAAACUUAACACAUAAGAAAACUUUCUUAUCCAAAAAAAUAUAAUCUGUACAGUCAAUUUUCUGGAAUUCCAAACUUGUAUAAGGCUUUUUAUUUUAUGUAUAUCAUCAUUAUCUGUAGGCGUGGCGAACUGUGAUUUCCCUAAAAGGAGGUGUAUCCUUGAAUUUCACAAAUAAACUUCCAAAUGUUU